AUGGGGGUCGACACCCGCAGACCGAUUCUUCCCGCCCCCACAGAAUCUAUCAUCGAUACGGGGGAAAGUACAACGGGCACUGAUCUGGCAACUGACAUUUCUCGUCGCACAGACAAAACGUCGUACUCUAUCCCAGACGACGGAAGCCCCAUAACUGUCUCCACCCGGCGACAGCGGGACCGCGAAGAAAGGGUGCCUCGCUCACACCGCGACUCCCGCGACUCUCACACCUCGCUAUUGAUCGAGUACUUCGAGGGGGGUAAAGGAUCAGGCGGCAUUGUAUCUCGCCCCAGUGUUCGAGUGCGCGUCACACCAUCUUCGUCAAGAAAAUCGAAAGAAAAGAGGGAUCAUUUCCAAGUUACGGAGACCAGCGGAAGCGGCAGCCGCAAGCCUUCAUAUACCCAUCGAAUUUCCCUGCCAUCGCCAUCAUCAAAACAAAGACAAUUGGAGCCAGGGACAGCGGAUGAUCAGAGCGUCAGUUCCCUUUCAGCUGAGGAGGAGGGUCAUCAACCAUCACGUCAGCCGGUAGAUAUCGAAUUCGUGAACCGCGGACUCGACAGCGAAAUGUCUACCCUUUCGCACGAUACUCGAUAUAUGCCCGUUUCAUCAGACGUCUCCUCUAUGCCACCGGACAGCAUGAUCAACGCGUCGUCAGCAGGCCCUCGGCGCAAACGCAGCCAGAGUCUUGAGCGCGGCUCACCUCGCGAAGAAAAGGAAAAGGGCUUGCUGAAAACCCCACAGCGCAAACGAAGUCGCAGCCUCAGCACUGAGCGUAUAGCGCAUCGUGUCGCAGAGAAACUCGCCGAACCACAAGAAUCAUCCCACGGCAAGCGCAGGAGCAAAAGUAAAAGUGGCAAGGAUUACCUUGAAGCUGAGCCGAAAUCAACUUCCCGUCGCCGCAGACACAAGUACGCGGAGGAAGACAUGGCCAGCCCCGAAUCCAGUCUUCUCAGCACAUCCGCGGUCUCUAAGUCUGAUCAGUACUCGGUUCGUUCCGGAGCAUCCAAGUCCUCCCUCAACAACCCAAAACUCCUUGAGACAGUGGAAGAUGCCAUCCGAAGAUUGAUUCUGCCAGAGCUCAAGGAACUCAAAAAAGACCAGAAGGUCAUGACCAACAAGAGCAAGUUCGACCGGGAUAUGGCUACAACGCAGUCGUCGGGCACCAGCUCCAGGGAUGGGUUGGGCCGAAGUCUGUCCAAGCAUGCCAGUGCUCCUGAUGUCAUGAAGCCCAAGGUAGUCCUGAACAAGGACAGCAAAGACGAAGGCAUUGUCCUCUCCGGAUCUGGUUCGGGCGAGCCAGCUCCACAAAGCAAGGAACGCAAGUCAAGCAAAAGCAGCGAGACUUCUGAUAUGGCUAUGCGAUGGGCCAAUCGACCCGAUUUCACCGAGCAGGACAAGAUCCGAAGACAAAAAAGCAAGGGGUUGCGUGAUGCGCAUGCCGCUGCUCGGGUCGGAUCGGCUCUCACCGCGGCUUCACUGAAGCACCAUGACUCCAACUCCAGUCUCGAUAAGCAGGAGACUCGCAGCCGUAAGGGUGGCUCUCGAAAGAGCACCGAGAGUAUGAAAUACAACGAAACCGAACUCGUCUUCCAAAAGCACAAUGUUGCCCCAAUGCCCAUGCGCAGCGAGAUGGAAUCUCAGCUGACCAGAACAUCCUUGCUUUCUGAGCGCACUGAGAGCCCAGCUCCGCAAAAGCGAACCUCUCAACUGGAUUUGGCUCGCGGGCCAUCAAGGCAGACUGCAUCGCCUGCCUCUCGUGCCCCUACCCGAAACUCUGUCGACUCUCGUCGCGGUCUCGGAAUGCGUCACGACAACCAGUCGCAUAAUAAUAUCUCACUUCACAGUGCCUCGGAUCGCGACUUGCACCGCAAGAGUCAAUCCCCCGGGACUGAUGGCGGUGACUGGGCCAUCGCAGCAGCAGCCGCAGCUAAUCUCCUUGAUGCCGCUCAUCCAGGACAACACGAAACGGAAGAUGAAUACCACCACCAUGACAUUGACCGUGAAUUGAGUCCCAUUCAAAGCAUUGCAAGCGGACACACUGAAACCUACCACGACCAAUACCCAGCUCAUGGUGACACCCAGUGGGAAGGAAAGCGUGAGAUGGAGCCUCGGCUUUCCAUUGACACACUCUCCUCUGCACCUAGCACAAAUCUUGCACGAUCUACCCGACUAGGAACCAGUCUGCAGAGCCAAAGUGGCGUUUCCAAGCAAGCCAGCCAAGAAUCGCCUGGACUUGGAUACGAGCAUUCGCGCCAGGGCUCUCGGGAUGACGGAUUCUUCGGUUACGCCGAGGAGAGCCGACUGACUGCCGAUAACGACGAUAGCGAGGUUGACUUCAUGGACAAGCUCAAAGAGGGUCAAGAAGUGACUACCGGUGCCGCUGCCAACCCCAAGUUCAUCCACCCGAUGGCCGUUGAAUCUGCGGUUGCCUCUUUAAUGGAUCCAUCUGUUCUUGAAUCUCAGAUCGAAUCCCAGCUUUCUUCUAGCACUCGCUCACAGACUGAGCUUAGCCAACGACCAGGCAGCCGGAGCCCCGAAAAGCCACUCAGCGAGUACCGUGGAAGCCCCUUGAAGCAGCGACAAGAUGCCGAUGAGACCUCGUUCCCUCGACGCAUGGGCGCCUCGUCGCCCCCUCAGAGUGUUACCCAGUCCUACGAGGAUCUGGAUGAUGCAACCCCGUUGGGCGCUAGUGUCCCUAGAGGCAUGGGUAGUCCUCUUCAUGACGAAGAGAGCCAGCUCUCGGAAUCCGAAAUCAACACCAACCCCUCGAUCAUUCAGGGGCCCGGAGGCGUUGCCCAAGGUGACCACUGGGCAUACGAUUCAAGCCCUGCCCAGGCGGAUCACUACUAUGGCAACACCUCUGGUGGUCCGAAGAGUAUUGAUGCUGAGUACUAUCAGACUGCCAAUGAUAUCUUCGGUGGUGACGACUAUUCCAUUCAGUCCCACGAGGCUGCUCAACCACGGCCAUUGUUUGGCACUCCUCCGGGAGCUAAGGACGAGGGCUACGUUUCGGCUGCCAAUCCCAUGUCGCCCAGCAUUGGAACCCCAAAGCAAGGCAGCCGUGGCAUGGCUGGUCCAGAUGUCGCUGGCAUGGGCGGUCUAGACAGCCCCGCUAGUCCAGAUGAUCCUUUCACCGCUGGCCACGAACGCCAUUUCAGCGGCUACUCACACGGUGUCAGCUCGCCGCUCUAUGACAGUGCGACAGGUCGUGGUAUCGAGAGAAUCCAAUCUCAGGACAUUGUGGCUCUUAUGGAUCAUCUCACUGUUCGUGAUGCCCAGCGAAAUGCUAGAGAUACCGAGAUUCUUGUGACCCUCGUUCGCAGUGCUGCUGAGAUGCGCACUUCUUUCGAGCAGAUGAAGCGAUUCAUUGCUGAACAGGAUGACCUUAUCAUGGACACCAGCGACAGAGGGCAUGAGCGCACCCACAAGGCCCUCGGUGGUCCUCGCCCAUUGCCUCCCAGUACUUCCCGCAAUCGCCAGCUGAACACGGCCGAUGAAGAAGAUAAGCGCAAGAACAUCUUCAAGCGUGCGCUUAAGGGGCUAAGUCUCAAGUCGGGUGGUGAUUUGUCCAAGAUUGAAGGAAUGCUUGAGCAGCUGCUUGAUGAGGUUGAGGCUCUCCGAGAAGGCCAAGAUGGCUCUGGUCCCCGCCCCACCGCCAUGAGAAUGGGAAGCAUUGAUGGCGGCGGUUACGAAACCCCCGGUCCAAACGGUGCUCCGGUUGAGACUAGCCGAUCUCCCUACGGAGCCAGCCCCUCUCGUCCGGUGAAUGGACAUCAGCGUAGAGAUUCGGAUCAGCGAGUCAGCACUGUCCAUGAAGUCGAUGAAGAAGACCUUGAGCUUGACGAGGGUGAUGACUUCCUGACAUCCCACCUUCCUAUCCGUGAUCAGCCUCGCCACGAGCGCUCCGGCUCACUGCCCCUGAACACGCCGCCUCGCAAGCCGGUAGCCUCUGGAGCUCGAAGCACCGAGACUACUCCCAAGACCGAGAAGGCUCGCAAGCACAAGUCGAGCAGCUCCUCUAUUUUCCCUAAGAUCUCUCGCUGGUCUAAAUCCACCGCCACCUCCAUGGGCGAUGGUAUCCGCAACAGCAUCCAACCCUCUCGCAAGGAGCGUCCAUCCUACGACCAGUCUCGAUCCGGGUCUGAUCUUGCCAAUGACCCCUAUAAAGGCGACUACUAUGAUCCUCAAGGCGACGACAGAAUCCGAUCCACAUACACCCUGAACGAGGGACAGGAGAACCGACCUCCCUCCCCACUGGUGCCCUCCCAGGUCUCCGAGGUACCCAAGUAUCGUGGUAACCGCGGGAGCCUCGAGCUCCAGCACCCCCAGCCUCGCCAGGGCCCUACCGGCCGCUACCAAUCCCGUCUGGAAAGCGAAGCCCAAACCUAUGGAGGUCCUAUCUCCCCAGCCGGCUCGGAACAGUGGGAAUCAAACCCCAGUCUGCCCGCCGUCAACCCCAACCCCAACCGCCACAGCGGUGUCAGCGGCGCCACCCGUCUCUCCCCCAUCUCCGAUGCAGGCUACUCGGAGAGCAGCUCCCGCGCUGACCGAACCCCCGGUCCUCCCCGUCCUCCCAAAGUUAAGGACGAUGGCCCUCUAAUUCCUGAACGUCCCGCCAAGCUAGCAGAGGAUGACGACACUUAUGGCGGCGACCGUGUAGUUUCAAGAAGCUCUGCUAUCCGUUCCCCUCCUGGACGCAAGCCAACUGGCCCGCGCCCUCUCACAUCCGGCGGCGGCGGCUCCUACAGCCCAGGAAACAUCAAGCGAAGCCGUUACCGAGGCAGUCCCAUGCAAGACUAUGAUGAAGAUUAUUGA